AUGCGGACGGUGUCUCUUGAGGACUUGGCAGGCUCUACUAUUCCGGAGUUGAAGAUCAAGGAUGAUCUCGACGUUGAAGCUUGGAAAGGAACCAGAGGCUACGCCGACUAUUCGCUCUUCCUGAGGAGGCUUUGCGAGAGUGUUGUAGGCUACAACCUACCAUACGAUUCGAAUACGACCUCUCCAAUCAACCGCCUGUUGACUGUGCUUGCUGAGCUAUCCUCCUGGGUGGAUGAUAUCCCGCCUCUUCCUACCCCGCAACGAUUUGGGAAUCUGGCAUUCAGGGCCUGGGGUCAACGUUUGGACACGGAGACCGACAGAUUGCUGUCGACCUUACUCGAACAUUCGCCUCACCAUGCUACGGCCGUAGCUCAUGUAAAACCUUACUUACUCAUUUCUUUUGGAUCAUUUACGCGCAUGGACUACGGGACUGGACACGAGACAGGUUUCGCCUUGUUCCUAUGUGCUUUAGCUUUGCUCGGAUUCUUCAGAGAUGGGGUAACUUCGAUCCAGGAACAGGAGCGUCAACUCGUGCUUAUCGUUUUCCCUGCUUACCUUCGACUAGUUUGGCGGCUGCAGGACGUUUACCGACUUGAGCCAGCUGGGAGUCAUGGCGUGUGGGGCCUGGAUGAUUACAGCUUUCUCGGCUAUAUCUUCGGCUCGGCCCAACUUCUAGAUCAGGAGGAUAUCCCACCGAGCGCAAUCCUUCAACCAUUGCUUCCUGAUAACAAUCUGUAUUUUAUGCAAAUCUCUCGGAUACGGGCUUUCAAGUCAGGGCCGUUCUAUGAGCACAGCAGUCAACUGUACUCCAUAGCGACCUCUGUACCUAACUGGACCAAGGUUCACAACGGUUUGAUCAAGAUGUAUGAGGCAGAAGUUCUCGGAAAGCGCGUGGUCGUGCAGCAUAUUCCGCUUGGCGGCAUCCUGGAAUGGGACGUGACCCAUGCUUCCUCGGGCUCAGUUACAAACGUCCCUAUGGUACAUCAGCGCGAUGGAUCAAUAUCGGGAACGGUGUCGACAACCGCACCGCUUACAUCGGCGUCCCUUGCCGCUCCAUCCCCACCUCCGUCAGGUACUCAGGCACCUUGGGAUAGGACUGGCUCACCAUCUGCUGGAUAUUCUGCAGGUGUAACAGUACCUUGGGCAAGCACCGCCAUCCCUCACACACUUUCUCGGCCCGCUUCGACGAUCCGAGGCGAAACUGGCCGUAGUCAUGGCGUCGGGUCGCGUGCAUCCGCGAAGACACGGAUCCACAAUCUAGGCGCACUGUCGUCUAUGCCCCCGCCCGCUCAGUAG